AUGACUUCCUAUCAAGAGUUAACGGCCGAAGGGGAGAGUAGCCCUCUGUUCACGGGCUGCUGCCGAGCAAAAGAGGUCAUAAACCGAGACCUGGACGACAGGACUCAUCCUGAACUCAGCAGUCGUGAUGAGGAGGGGGAACUGAAGGUGGAAGUUGCCUCAGGAUUUAAUUCUCCGCAUCCCCGAUAUUUAACUGUCUCCAACAGUUUGACUCUGUGCACCUCUUCGGACAGCCCUCCUCCUCCUCCUCCUCCUCCUCCACCACCACUGUGUGAGACUCUCGAGGGCUUCUCAACAGCGGCCUGCCCCCACUCGUCCCGUGUCCCCUGGCGGUGCAGGGCGCAGGGGCAGGGCUCUCCAGGACGCGGAUACUGUGAGUCAAAUAACAGCGAGGCGAGACACUCUAGUUUUGGGUCACUUGCAGAGCAAAUUCAGAUCUUUUCUCACGGUGGCGCCGAGAUUCAGAGCUCGAACUCAGAAAUGGAUGAAAGGAGUAAAACUUUUGAGUGGAUGAAAGUGAAGAGGAGUCAGCAUCGGGCGGCCAGGAUGCACAUGACCUGUGGGUUCAGUAUUGUUGGCGCGGGCCUCGGUGCUGCGGAGGCUGGAAGCGGCAGCAUCUGCGCGGAUGUCCAUCCCACAGUGAACGGGGCCCCGAGGACCAGCUUCAGCACCAAACAGCUGACCGAACUGGAGAAGGAGUUCCACUUCAACAAGUACUUGACGCGGGCCAGGCGGGUGGAGGUCGCCAGCGCCCUGCAGCUCAGCGAGACGCAGGUGAAAGUUUGGUUUCAGAACAGACGCAUGAAGCAGAAGAAAUUACAGAGGGACGGGCUGCUCUCAGACCCGGGGCCCGCGGCUGCUCACUCACACGCCAACACUUUGGACACCUGA